CUCUCUCUCCAUCUAUGGCGUAAGCUUGAUUCCUGAUAGUGCAAGCAAAGCAAACACCCACACUUUAUUUUUUUUUUUCUUUUUCCUUAUUACAAAUACAACAUCCCCCCAAAAACUCUCUCUGUUCAUCUUGUCCUCUAAAAAUUCUACUUUUCUCUUUCUGUUUUCUUCCACCCUUUGUGUUCCCUCAACACUACUAUAAGCCUCUUUGUUUAGUGCCUCACAACCACACACACUCUCAACCAAUUCCUCUUCUUCUUUUUUUGUUUUUGUUUUUGUUUUUGUUUUUGUUUUUACUCUCUCUCUAGAUUAGCAAGUGCUUUAUUUAUUUAUUUAUUGUUUUUUUUUUCUUUUUCACUUCUCUUCUACCUCUCUAAACCCCUUCUAGUGCCUUCUCAUUGCCAUGGGAUGCAAGUUUGGGAGAGUCACUGAGCAUUAAUAUAAAGUCUCAUGUGAGUUACUUCAUACAUAGCCAUAUAGUUUUUUUUUUUUUUUUUUCCUCUUGUGUUACACUAAAUAGUCCUUUUUCCACCCGUAAAAUGGCCUUUAAAAAAAGUGCUUACUCUCUUGUUUACCUUGGAAGUUUGAACCAAAUCUCCAUAUUUAUUUUUCUCAACCUCCUCCCACUCUCAUGCAUAUUCUAUAGAGAGAGAGGGAGGGGGGGGGGAGGUGGGUUUGUUUUGUCUUAGGUUCUUCUACAAACUGCAUCUACCACAUGGAGUUGUUCUUGCUUUCUUAUGUUGUACUUUGGGAGAAAUGAAAUGGGACAUUUAAAGUCUAUAAUGAGGCCCCUUUGUGCACUGUUCAAGUUAUUGUUGUUUUGCAUAGAAAAUCUUGGGCCCUCCCAUGCACCUACAUACAACACAAUGCUUAGGUUCCCCUUGGCUCAAUAUUCAUAUAGGAUCUUCUUCCCUACCAAUAGUAGAGGCGAAAAAAGAGCAGUAGAAAAGAAGAAGUAGCCCAAACUCAGAGAAAGAGAGAAAGAGAGAGAGAGAGAGAGAAGCAUGGAUCUUUCUGGGCAUGAAGGAGAGAUCCCAAUCCCAAUAAGCAGCAGCUAUGUAGGAGGCGGGCAUGGCCACGGCCACAGCAUCAUCCAUGAGAGCACCCCCUCCCUCCACCACCCUUCAAAUGGCCCCCCGCCUCCUCCCCACCCACCACCUCCACCCCUCUCCUCCGCCGCCGCCGCCGCAGACGACCACCACCACCACCAGCACCACCACUAUUACAACAACACCAACGCUCCCAAGAAAGGCGCGGCGGUCAAGUACAGGGAGUGCCUCAAAAACCACGCUGCCUCCAUCGGCGGAAAUGCCACCGACGGCUGCGGGGAGUUCAUGCCCAGCGGGGAGGAAGGCACCCUCGAAGCCCUGAAAUGCUCCGCCUGCAGCUGCCACCGCAACUUCCACCGGAAAGAAGCCGAAGGCGAGGCCGCCGCCGCCGCCGCCUGCGACUGCUACCACUCCCUCAACAAGGGGGGCCGCAAGAUGCUGAUGGGCCAAAAGGGCCUCCUCAUCUCCGGCCCAGACCACCCCCACCACCACGCGUUCGGCUCUUACGGCCCGGCCCACGCCGGCAACAGCUUCAUCCCGCGGCCCCACCACGUCGGCAUGAUCAUGCCCCUCGGCGCCAUGCAGAGCUCCGAGUCCGACGACGUCGAGGGCGCCGUCGUCGGCGGCGGCGGCGGCGGCCGUGCGCUCCCUCACCACGCGGCGAAGAAGAGGUUCAGGACCAAGUUCAGCCAGGAUCAGAAGGAGAAGAUGAUGGGGUUUGCUGAGAGGGUUGGGUGGAGGAUCCAGAGGGUGGAGGAGAGUGUGGUGCAGCAGUUCUGCCAGGAGAUCGGCGUGAAGCGGCGGGUGCUCAAGGUCUGGAUGCACAACAACAAGCAUAGCCUCGCCAAGAAGAACCCCCUCCCGCUUGAAUAACCAACCACUGUAUUUCGCAUCCUCAGCUGUCGCAACAGCGUAGACACAUGCACGCAGGAAUUAUUAUUGAUAUAGCAGAUCGAUAUAUUGAAUCCGACUGGUCUUAUACCGCGGUCUAGAGCGGAUUCAAUGGAUCUUUCUCCAUCAGCUGUUGUGAUUUACCAUGUCUAAUGCUGAUAUCUAGCUGUGGGCUUCGUACUGUUGGGAUUUUCUUUUUCUUUUGUUUCUUAUUUUCUAUUUUAUCAUAGUUGGAGAGGUGAUGUAGGUAAUUAGAGAGUUUGCUAAACCUGGAUAGGGCUCUUUUUAACUUGUAGUGUCAAUGCUGUUAGGACACUGUUCUAUUUGAAUUAGGCACUGUUUUCUAGAUGGGUUCUUUCGCAGCUGAUGAGGCUAGAAGCCCUUGAUUUUAUUUUAUUUUUUUUGGUAAUUCAUUAGUGCUCUCUCAUGCAAAAUUGCAUCGUCGUAGUGAAUUAAGGUUAUUGAGGUGGUAAUCUUAUAUGGAGAAAUGGUUUUCUUUCUAA